CAGAUAUACUGGAUAGAUUGGCACACAGAUGUCUGCGCAUUCUUGGGAAGUUUGAGAUAAAUCCAGAGAGUUCAGACUAAUUUAAAGGGACUUCUUAUUCAGAUUGAACUGCAUUCAUUUGUUUCAGGGAGCGGUGACAAGUGUCGUGGUGACUUUUAUACCGUGCGUAAUUGUCUUUUUCAAGCUCCAUCAGUCAAGAUUCUGUCUUUUCCCGACUUUGCACUUGGAGGAAGGACACUGACGAAGAGGAUACGAUGACAGCGAUCAGAAUGGUUUCAUCAGUGCUGCUGCUGAUGCUGAUGCACUCCGGGGCUCUGUGCGCGCGGAGGUUCCGGGGUGGCCGCAACCCGCAACCACGACGCUCACCACCUCCUCCUACGUACCGGGCGGAUCGGGUUGACACCACCGAGAGCUUCCCUCUGGAUUUCACCGCCGUAGAGGAGAAUAUGGAUAACUUCAUGACACAGGUGAAGAACCUCGCGCAGUCCCUGUACCCAUGCUCGGCGCAGAAACUCGACUACGACAUGAAGCUGAACUUUUUGGAGAAUACAUCAGUCACCUGCAACGACGGAAGCUCCGCUGGGUAUUACCUGAAAGAAUCUCGAGGCAGCAGACGGUGGUUGAUAUUCUUAGAAGGCGGCUGGUACUGCUUCAACAAAGAGAACUGUGACAGCCGAUACGAGACAAUGCGGAGACUGAUGAGCUCAUCCAAGUGGCCCCAAACGAAAACAGGCACGGGGAUCCUGUCUCCACUGCCUGAGGAAAACCCUCACUGGUGGAAUGCCAACAUGGUAUUCAUCCCAUACUGCUCCAGUGAUGUGUGGAGUGGAGCUACAGCCAAAACAGAGCAGAGUGGUUAUGCCUUCAUGGGCUCACUGAUUAUUCAGGAAGUUGUGAAAGACCUGCUGAAUAAAGGUCUGGACAACGCCAAAGUUCUCCUAUUAGCAGGAAGCAGUGCCGGUGGUACUGGGGUCCUUCUGAAUGUGGACCGUGUCGCAGAGCUGCUGGAGGGACUGGGGCACACUGGGAUCCAGGUGCGAGGACUGUCUGAUUCAGGCUGGUUCCUGGACAACAAGCAGUACCACUGCACGGACUGUGUGGACGCCGUCAGCUGUUCGCCCACAGAGACCAUAAAGAGAGGCAUAAAUUACUGGGGAGGAGUGGUGCCAGAGAGGUGUAGGCAAACCCAUGAAGGAGAGGAGUGGAACUGUUUCUUUGGUUACAGAGUCUUCCCGUCAAUAAAAAGCCCAGUCUUUGUAGUCCAGUGGCUGUUUGAUGAGGCCCAGUUAACCGUGGACAACAUCCAGCUAACAGGCCAGCCAGUGCAGGAAGGCCAAUGGCGCUACAUCCAAAACCUGGGCAUUGAGCUGAGGAACACGCUCAAAGAUGUCCCGGCUAUGUUUGCUCCAGCGUGCCUAUCACAUGAAGUUAUCACCAGAAAUUACUGGAUUGAUGUGCAAGUUAAAGGCACCUCCCUACCCCGAGCGCUGCACUGCUGGGACCGUAGCCUCCACGACAACAGGAACAACAAAGCCCCGCCCAAAGGCUGCCCCGUACAUUUGAUUGACAGCUGCCCCUGGCCGCACUGCAACCCCACCUGCCCCACCAUUCGAGACCAGUUCACAGGACAGGAGAUGAACGUCAUUCAGUUCCUCAUGCACAUGGGCUUCGACGUGCAGAAGAUGGCGCAGCAGCAGGGUAUGGACCCCAGCAAGCUACUGGGCAUGCUCAGCAGCGGCAGCUAAUGGGACACACGUACACACAGCAUCUCCAAGCUAAAGCCAAGCAGGGCUGGCUGGUCUCUAUGUCCAGUCUCCUCCUGCCUGAUACCUCCAACUAAUACUCCAUCUUCACAACCCAUUCUACCUUUAGUCUAGUCAACUCUGACCUCUUGUUUACUUUAAUACAAGCCUCAGUCAAACACAGGGUCUUAGAUUUGUCCCACAAUCCCUUUCCUCACACUUAGUGACAAGUACAGGGGCGACGCGCCGCCAUGACAAGGCACAACUCUCGGCUACUCUGUUGAUGUUAUCUUUUGCUUUGUAAAAGGAAAUAAUAUCACGAAUGUAAUCCAGUUUUAAGGAUGCUCAUUGAUGUUUUUUUUUUUUUUUUAAAUAUAUUUUUUCAUCCUUUCAUAGAUUUUAUUAAGUCAUUGUUUUAAGAAAGAAUAGGCUACAAUGAUUUACAGAUUCUGUUUUAUUAAGUUUAGUCACAGCAGAGUAAAGAAGGGUAUAUUUUGUUCAAAUUGUUUUGUGGUUGGGUUCUUAUAACAUCUCAUCAAACAUACAUCGAGGCCUAAAUAUGGGCGUUAUAAUGUAAGAAAAGCACAGGAUCAAGAAGAACAUUUUGUAUUGGUCACCAAAACAAUGUCAUAAACUUUAGGGAUAUGCAUCUGAUACUAAAGCUAUGGUAGCCGAAAAUGGUCACACUUGUUAUUAUAUAAUUAAUGAUGGCUCUCAGCGAUCUUUAAAUAAUUUGAUAAUUAACUUGAUACAAGUGAAAUAAAUUGGUUUCCUUUUUCUUACUUACAUAACUAAAGAGUUGAGGAAUGCCAUGCCAUCAGAGUUUACUUCAGUCAAGGUCGCAGACAAAAAUGGCAUCCUGUCUUUCAGUCAGAGAAAAUGUUUGUACCUGUCGCUGUUCUUUAAAGACACAAGCGAUAGUCAUGCAAAGCCCCUUUCAGACAGGCGCUCCAGAUAAUUUACCAUAACAUUUUAGGAACAGCCUGCCGCUGACAUUUUCCAGACUUCCUCUUUCACACAUGUCCCUGUGACUUCAAAAGGAUGCUGUGGAAGAGAAUGUUUACAACGUCUCCAAGCAACAGAGUCAUAACCAUGAUGACAGUUUUUGUCUAAAUAUUAAUGCUAUGUCUUACUGGUCAUAUCCACAGUGUCAGCAAAUAUGUGGAAAAAAAAAACAAGCUGGCGUGCAGAAAAUAGUAUGAAGCAGCCUCAUUACGUGCACAAGAAACCCCACUGGUUUUGUUCUGGUUGCAUGAUUUAAACAUCAUCAACCGGCCCACUCUGACGUCUUGCGGAAAUAUUACUAUAGUGGGCUAACAGAAAAAAAAAUCUGCAAAAAAGUCGAGAUGGAAAUGUUGUCAGUUUGCAUUCAGACAUGCAGCUCAAACGGAAAAUGUCAGGACAUAUUUAGAGGGUGCUGCAUGUGUGAAAGGAGCUAAGGCGAUAUAGGGCUGAAAUCAAGUGUAAUAAAAGGAGCUAGACACUACUUAACUAUUCCAUAAUCACAAACGUUUUCUUUCAUUAUGACAAAUCUUAAAUUAUCUGUAUAAAACAAGCUCUGUUGUCUUGAGAGACAAGAUCAUUCAUUUUUGAAACUUGAGAUAGCAGCCUUAGAAAAAAUGCAAACCUGGCUUUUCUCGGCUUUCAAACAAUGCUUCACUAGUGCACUCAUGGUAUAAUGCCAUGUUGGAUUAGCACAGUCUUUUUACAUAUUUAGGCUACUGAAAUGAAAGCUCUCUUUCUCCCCCAUGUAAAUAAUAGUUGUCAAACGCAACAAAAGCAUGUGCUUAGUAAAUUAAUCUCUGUAUAACUUCAUCAUUGUCAACAUUAGAUUGAAGUCAUACUUUCAGUUUUGACAGCUGCAUGUGAUGAUGUCAUCGCCAAGAUCACAUUUAAUUGAUUGUGGGCCUGUUACCUUUGCAUACACCACAGUGCCAUUACAUCUAGUCUAUACCUCUUUUUUUUUUAAACGGCCCGAUCACAAACAGACGACUGUUCAAGCCCGAUCACAGGGUACUUUGUCACGCUCGAACACCUCAGCAGUUCAGCAAUCCUCGGAUCAAUGCAAUGAACAUUUAAAGGGAGACAAAUAUCGUGUAUUGUAUAUUUUUUUUGAGUAUUUGUAUAGGUUCUUUAAAGUGUUCACUAUUGUAACUCCCUUCUUAUAUUUCAUAAUAGAGAUCACUUUUUAAUAUAAUGACAAUGUUGUAUGUAAUGAUGUCUUUAUAAAAGAUGUUUUUUUAAAGGACCUCUAUUGGGCAUCACUCCAGAGAAAGAAAGGUAUUACUAAUUGUAAUUUUAUUCUGUAACAUAUUUUUUAACAGAUAAAGACAAACUCAAGCUACAUUGGUAAUUUACAUAUUUAUUUUGUUAUGUAAAUCAUAUUUAUAAGUGCUCUUUUCACAGAGAAGUGAUUCUUUGUAAAUUGUAAAUACAUUGCUGUUUCAUCUUUUGUGUUGAUUGCAUGUCUUUGUAUCAGACGUAAAA